CUCAGAACCGCGUUCCGCGUUACUUCAUUUCAUUCCAUUCCUUUCAAUCACUCCACUGAACCACUUUCUCUCUCAUGAAUCAGUGACCUCCAUGAAAGGCUUAACCUUAUGCUUCAGAUCGAAGUGACCUCGCGCGUGCACACUAACACCCAUGAGAAAAAGAUCCCACCUUGUAAUCCGUUACUCCCAUAAUGGAAGACCCCACCUCCUCUGCCGCCGCCGCCACCGAAACCGAACACCACCAUCAACAUCAACAUCAGCAUCAGCAUCAGCAUCAGCAUCAACCACCGUUUUUGAAUAGAAACAACCGAGUCAAGCGACCCGUGUUCAAGGUGCUGCCGGGUCAGAUCGCGUUCCGCUUGGUUUGCCACGCGUCCGUCGUGGGAGGUCUGAUCGGCAGCUCCGGCGCCAUCGUGUCACAGCUCCGGCGUGAAACUGGGUGCAAAAUCCACUGCGAGGAUGCUGUACCCAACACCGACGACCGGGUCAUAUUGGUCAUCGGGUCUGUGUCGACCCGAAAAGGGAUUACAUUUGGUGAUGGGGUUGAUGGGGAAGUUGAGGUUUCGAGUGCCCAGGAAGCUGUGCUUAGGGUUUUUGAGCGAAUAUGGGAGCUUGAGGCCGAGAAAGGGGUUAACGCUAACAGGACCUUCAACGGGGAGGUUUUCUGUAAAUUGCUCGCACACACCUCUCAGAUUGGUGCCGUUGUAGGUAAAGGAGGGAAGAACAUAACCACCAUUAGGAACAAUAGUGGUGCCAAAAUUAGGGUUUUCCCUCCUCCACAUUGUGCCGCUAAAGACGAGGAGUUAGUUCAAAUAACUGGUGCAAUUUUGGCUGUAAAGAAAGCGCUGAUUGGCGUAUCUAAUUGUCUUCAAGAUUGUCCGCCAUUAGGCAAAGUUCCAGUACCUUUGAGCACAACAACUGUUAGUUCUUCUGAUAGGUCAUCCCUUGAUCCACAUGCUGAACUAUUUCCUAACCUUAAUUCAUGGUUACCAUCCAUGGAAGGUUUAUCUAUUUCUGAUGCUUCAAAACGGACAACUAAUUCUAAUGGAACAUCUAGCAAUGACUCAAAAGGUACAGAAAAUGAAGUUGUGUUCAGACUACUUUGCUCUAAUAAUGUAGCUGGGUGUGUGAUUGGCAAAAGAGGGACAAUAGUCAGGGCUCUAGAAAGCCAAACAGGUGCUUCUAUCAUAUUUGCAGCUCCUUCAAGUGAGUUUGCAGAGCGCAUUAUCACCAUUUCUGCUAAAGAGAACCUUGAAUCUAGUUAUUCUCCUGCACAAGAUGCUGUUAUUCUUGUCUUUGCUAGAAUUAUUGAAGAUCACAUUGGAAAGGGUUUUCUCCCAGUUUCUAGUUUGGAAUCACCUGUUACUGCGAGACUUUUAGUUGCAUCAAGCAUGGAAAAUUGCUUGAGUGGCAAUGAAGGUCAGGUGAUUUCAGAAUUGAAAGGAGUAACUGGGGCUGAUAUACAAAUAUUGCAUGGAGAGCUGAUUCCAAAUGGUGCUUCAGAUAAUGAUGUGAUAGUACAGAUCACUGGUGGGUUCAGAUGUGUACAAAAUGCUCUGCAUAAAAUCACUGGUAGAAUCAGGGAUAAUCUUUUGCCAAAUGAGGUGCCUGCUGAAGCAAGAAUGAAAUCCAACUGGAAAGUGAAUAAGGAUCCUGUAAAGGGUAAUAAUUUUUCCCAUGGAAAAUCCGCUUUUCCUUCUGGGAGGUUUCUGCAGCAGAAUGCAGGGGUGCAUGCUGAAACAAUCUCAGAUAAUGGAGAGUUACAUACGGAUUUAAAUGAGAAUUUGGAACGUGGCAGGGGAAACAAGCUUGCUACUGUGACAAAUACUACCGUGGAGAUUGUAGUUUCUGAACAUGUCUUUGGUUCUGUUUAUGGUGAAGAUGGCGGCAAUUUGGAUCAAAUCAGACAGAGUUGUGGGACCAGAUUUCAGGUGCAAGUGUUACUGUUUAUGAUCCUUGCGUUGGUACAAGUGGAGGGAGGGUUGUAAUAUCUGGGACACCUGAUCAAACCUUUGCAGCGCAGAGCUUACUUCAAGCCUUUAUUCAAAGUGGACAAAUAAGUUGAUGAUGGAAAGCAGCAUUUCAUCAUGAGUUCUUCCUAUAUAACAACGACAACCUUCACUUUGUAAAUAUGGAUUCACUGUUUUCCUUAAAAGAUGAUGCUUACUUCCUAUAGACUUACAAAGAUAGAUUUUGUUCGGUUUCUCUCUCACUCUCUCUCUCUCCCCCUUAAAAGGGGUGGGGGAGUUGUCACUGUACAAUUCAUCAUUUUGCUCCAUGACUUAUAAAAGUUCA